CGCCGCCGAACACGAUGGGCAAAGGCUCGCAGCUCACCCAGCUCAAGUCCGCCAUCACCCAAGCCGGCCUGAACGGCCGCCCCCCGCCCAGCAAGAAGCGGAAGCGGUCUGGGGCAUCCAAGCCGGACCAGGUCGACAAGGAGAAGAAGGCCGCGAAGCUCAAGGAGAUCCAGCAGAAGCUGAAUCCGUUCGAUGUCAAGGUCACGAAGCUCAAGCAUGAUGUUGGGGGACGGAAGAUCAAGGGCGUGGUGGGCAAGCCCGCGCAGAGCAAGCAGGCUGGGAUCGAGGAGCGCCGGCGGACGUUACUGAAAGAAUACGAGACCAAGAACCACGCCGGCGGCGUCGUCGACCGCCGCUUCGGUGAAAAUGACCCUUCGAUGUCCCUCGAGGAGCGCAUGCUCGAGCGCUUCACCAAGGAGCGGCAGCGCGCGUCCAAGGGCGACCUCUUCAACCUCGAGGACGACGACGCCGACAUGGAGCUCACGCAUUACGGGCAGAGCCUGUCCAAGUUGGACGACUUUGACGGGGCGGGGCUGGCGCUGGACGAGGACGAGGAUGAGGAGACGAGAGGUCAGAUUGAUAGUGAGACAGUCAAAGCGGCCCAUUUCGGCGGGUUUGAUGAUGAGGAAGAGGGCGAAGGCGCCGACGGCGAGCCUCCCCGCAAAAAGACCAAAGCAGAAGUCAUGGCCGAAGUCAUCGCGAAGAGCAAAGAGCACAAGUACCGCCGCCAAGCCGAGAAAGAAGAAGACCAGUCCCUCCUGCACGAGCUCGACGCGGACUUCGACGCCCUCCGCACCCUGCUCGCCUCCUCCAACAUUCCCGAAGACAAAGAGAAGCCCGUGUCGGAAUUGCUAGGCACGAGCGCGCGCGAUGCGGAGUACGAGCAGGUCGUGCGCGAGCUCGCGUUUGAGAAGCGCGCGAAGCCGAAGGACCGCACGAAGACCGAGGAGGAGCUGGCGCUGGAGGAGAAGGAGCGGCUCGAGAGGGCGGAGAGGAGGCGGGUGAGGAGGAUGCAGGGGCUCGAGGACGAGAGCGAGGACGAGGAGGGGGAGAAGAAGGGGAGGGGGAGGGGGAGAGGAGGGGAUGAUUUGGAGGAUGAUUUUUAUGAUGCGAAGGGCGUUGAGUGGGACGGGGUGGGUGUGGGUGAGGGCUUGAAGGAGGAAGGGGAGGGGAGUGGCGAGGAGGAUGAGAGUGUAAGCGCCAGUGAGGAGGAGUCAGAGGAAGGCGAGGAUGAGAGUGAAGAGGGGGAAGGGGAGUGGGUGUCGGAGGACGAAAGCGACGAGGAAGGGGAGGAAGGGGAGCAUGAAGACCUCGUCGCGCCGCAGAAAAAGAGGAGUGCAAGUAAGAGCAAUACGAAGGGGAAGUCAAAACCUGGCUCGAAAGAGCUGCCUUAUACCUUUCCGGCUCCGCAGACGCACGAGGACUUCCUGGAGAUCAUCGAAGAUGUCGCGGAGGAAGAUGUACCUACGGUCGUCCAGCGGAUUCGUACCCUGCACCACCCAAGCUUAGCGGAGGACAACAAGUUCAAACUUCAGGCACUAACGGGUGUCCUAAUUGACCACAUCCUCUACAUCACCUCCCCGCCCACACCCCGUUUCUCCCUCCUUUCCGCCCUCGUCCCCCACCUUGCUGCCCUCACCGAAAAAUAUCCCAUCCCCGCCGCGGAGCACUUCCGCGACAAGCUCAUCCUCAUGCACAAAAACCUCAAACGCGGACUCUCGCACGGGCCGCUCGACCCAGAGUCCAAGACGUGGCCGGGCCUGCCCGAGCUCAGCCUCCUACGCGUAAUCGGUGCCGUCUGGUCGACGAGCGACAUGAAGCACCCGGUGAUCUCGCCCGCGCGCCUGCUCAUGGGCGCGUACCUCGGGCUCGCGCGCGUGCGCUCCCUCGCGGACGUCGCGAGCGGCCUGUUCCUGUGCACGCUUUUUGCGCAGUACGAGGCGCGCGCGAAGCGCUUCGCGCCCGAGGCGGUGAACUUCGCGGCCAACGCUGUCCUGCACCUCGCGCCGCACGCGUAUAAGGAGGCGAAGCAGGUGCCCGGGUUUUUCCCGUGCCCGGAUUUCAAGUCUGAGGCGUGCGGGCCGCUCGCGAUCAAUUGCAAGCAGGCCGGGAAGCUGGGGCUCGAGGCGGCGAAGCCGGACUUGGGCGAGAUGCUGGGCGGGGCGGAGUGUGGGGAGCAGCAGAAGCUCAACCUACUCGGGCUAGCGCUGGAUCUUCUGCGGCGGUUCGCCGAGAUGUACAAAGGGCUGGAAGGGUUCAUCGAGUUGUACGACCCCAUACUCGAGGUCCUGCAAAGCGUCGAGUCGCAACGACUCCCACAGAGCCUCAAGGAACGCCUCUCAACAUCUAUCGACAUGUUCACCCGCUUGCUCAAAUUUGCACGACAAGCCCGCCGCCCUCUCCAGUUACAAGCACACAAGCCCAUCCCCAUCCCCUCCUACAUACCGAAGUUCGAGUCGUCCUCUUCGAAUUACCUUAGGAACCGCGAUCCCGACCACGAGCGAAACGAGGCGGCGAAGCUGCGCAGACAGUACAAGCAGGAGAAAAAGGGCGCGCUGCGCGAGCUGCGCAAGGACACCCGCUUCCUGGCGGAGGUGCAGCAGAAGGAGCAGAUGGAGAAGGACAAGAGGUAUAAUGAUCGCAUGAAGCGCGUGUUCGGCUCUAUCGAGUCUGAGAGGGCCGAGCAGAAGGCUAUGGAGAGGGAGAAGGCUAAGGAGAAGAAGAGGGCUGGCCGGAAAUGAGACUCUUUCCGGACUGUAUGCUAUAUUACUGUAAUUCCAGAAAAUCAGCUGGCAGCUCUUCUGCAUGGCCGAUACCGAUGGUCUUUGGAUCACUUGCCACUGUAACAUAAGUUGAAUACGCAAUGCCUGUAGACGGGCCCAACUGGUAGAGUUCUCUAUGUCAGCG